AUGGCGGCUCGUGAAUCACGAUGGAGGCUCGGCGUGGCUUACAGCUGGGGUGGCACGGGCGUUGGCUUGGCUGAAGGAGUGUUGUUUUCGGGCUUGAGGGGUGCCGGCGUUCGAAGCUCUGGUGAGGGGGCAGCAGGCGCGUGGCGAGGGGGAUCAGGUUGCUGGCGUGGCGAUCGUCGUGGCUGCAGGUGCGGGGAUCAGUGGAGCGGUGGCGGAGACCGGCUCGGCAGAGGGCUGCUGCGUGGCGGUGGCGCAGUGAGGGAGGUUCGAACAGCUGCAGGUCAUGCAGGCACAAGAGCAGCGGUGACAGGGGGUCGGCGUUCCGGCGUGGCAAAGCGGGCAGUGGCGGAGGUGCAGUGGCGGAGGUGGUCUUGCUAG